AAAACAUAAACAAAUAGACCGUAAGGGAUUCACAUGAAUGGUCAACCCCAUCACCUUUAUAAAUAUAUACACACUUCAUUUUUCUCUUCUCCAUUCUUCUCUCAACUCUUUGUCUCCCUCUCUCUUUCUCUCUAGUAAUUUACGAUCAAAUGGCUGAACAAAAGAAGUACCUAUUGUUUCUAGCGACACCGGACUCGGAGUUUGCGAAGAAGACAUAUGGAGGAUACCAUAAUGUGUUUGUUUCACUGCUUGGCGAUGAAGGAGAGCAAUGGGACUCUUUUAGAGUCGUGGACGGCGAGUUUCCAGAAGAGAAGGAUCUUGAGAAAUACGAAGGAUUUGUAAUCAGUGGUAGCUCUCAUGAUGCCUUUCAAGACACUGAUUGGAUCUUAAAGCUCUGUGAUAUCAUCAAGAAACUCGAUGACAUGAACAAGAAAGUCCUCGGUAUUUGCUUUGGCCACCAGCUAAUAGCUAGAGCGAAGGGAGGCAAAGUAGCGAGAGCAAGGAAAGGACCAGAGCUUUGCCUUGGAAACAUAACCAUCGUGAAAGAGGCAGUGAUGCCGGAAAAUUACUUCGGCGAAGAAGUUCCAGCGAAUCUGAGGAUCAUAAAAUGUCAUCAGGAUGAAGUUUUGGAGCUUCCGGAAAAUGCAAAACUGUUAGCAUAUUCAAGCAUGUACGAGGUAGAGAUGUAUUCAAUCAAAGAUAACUUCCUUUGCAUUCAGGGACAUCCUGAGUAUAACCGUGACAUCUUGUUCGAUAUCAUUGAUCGUGUUCUUGCCGGAGGCCACAUUAAGGUUUUUUUCUAACUCUCCCUUUGUAGAAUAUCCAUUUAUUUAUAAUUUGUAUCCUAAAACAAUUGCUACUUACCUAAUUAACUUAAUGUGCAGCAAAACUUUGCCGAAACGUCAAAGGCAACAAUGGAAAAGAAUGAAGCAGACAGGAAGUUUUGGCAGAAAAUUUGCAAAAACUUCCUCAAACGUCAACCCUCCUUAUUAGUUUGACUCACAAAUCUUCAUCACACUUGUUUAAUAUAUAUUCCAACUCCAUGUAUCAACGUUACAAUAUUAUUUGUAAUGUAUGACAUAUUGAUGUGUUGUAUCCAUAAUAUAAUUAAAUAAAAGCUUUACCCUCA